UUUGCUCAGUGCGUCCCGCCCGCCGGUCAACCGUGACAGGAGUUGCAGUGGCCGUCUAGCGGCAGCUUUGUUCCACGCCAUCCAUUGCAUCUGCUACUGACCGCCCACCUGCAUACCGCCCACUCCCCAUUGAGCGCCUGCACAAACCCUCGCCCUCUCCCCCAGCGCCCUCGUACCAGCCAAAGCCACCACAAACCACCAUGAGCUGAGCCUGCCCCGCCAUUCUACCGCUUCCACUCGCCCGCACACGACCACACCGCCGCCAGCUAGUCAACGGCUGCCGCCCCUCCCCACUGCGAGCCCGCUCCCGCCGCCUCUGCACCAGCUAUCGCGACUCCCACAACGCGUCUCCGGCCACCACCACCUCACUCUCCUCCCACGCUCCCACGCUCCCCCCAUCACCGCCUCCAUGCGCCGAUACAGGCCGGGCGGUGGCCCAGUCCGCGCUCAUGGAGGCGUGCCCGUCCCAGACCCCUUCGCCAUGGUGCGCGCAUACGAUAGCGACUCCAAUCCCGCCAGACCUAUUCGCCCCUCGCCCCUCGCUGCCUCUACCAUCCAGGGCCUGCCGCUCGACCUGCUCGACCGCCUGCGUUCCUUUCCCCUCUUCCAAGCUGCUCCCGACUCCUUCCUCGCCCAGGUCGGCCUGCACCUCAAGCCGCAGCUGUAUCAACCCCAUGACACAAUUCUGACCGAGGGCGAGACUGGCAAGGCCAUGUACUGGCUGGUCCGCGGUGCUGUGCGCGUCACCUCGCGCGACCAGGAGAGCACAUAUGCCGAAUUGAAGCCCGGUGCCUUCUUCGGCGAGAUUGGCAUCCUCAUGGACAUUCCCCGCACUGCCACCAUUAUUGCCAAUGUUCGCUCCCUCGUCGUGCGUCUGAACAAGGAGGACCUCACCAAGGAGCUCCCCAAGUUUCCCGACGUCGAGGUCGCCAUCAGGCACGAGGCCCAAGAGCGCCUGGCCAUUUUGCAGCGCAAGAAGUCGGAGUUAUCGGCCAAGCGCCCACAACCCAUGCGCCAGAUAACGGGCAAGCGUGACCGUGAAGACGGUGAUGUGGUCAUGGCCGAGAGCGGUACUAUACGUGAUGGCGAGAUCAAUGCCUUCAAGAAGCGCAAAUCUCCAAGUCCCGGCCUUGCUGAAGCCAUUGCCCACAGUGCCUUUGGAAGCGAUAGCCUGCAUGUGAGGCCUUUGCUGAAAGAGCUGCCUCUCUUCUCCGAGCUGCCGGAUGAUAUUCUGCACUUCAUCGGCAUGCGCGCCCAACCAUGUUCUUUCGAUCCUUUUGUAGACAUUUUAAAACAGGGCACCCACGGCCGAGAUGUUUUCUUCAUUGUAAAGGGCGAAGUCGAGGUCAUUAGCGACCAUGUGCCCGAGUCCAACGGCUUCACUUCACCCACCCAGGGACGAAGAAAGUCGAUUGCCGCGGGCGAGCACAAUUUCCAAGAAGUAAAGGCUCGACUAAAACCAGGACAGUACUUUGGUGAGGUAGUCAGUCUUUCGCUGGCGCCACGCCGCACUGCCACGGUCCGCUCUAUAUCUGCUGUCGAAUGCCUGAUGAUCACCGGAGACACACUGAACCAGCUGUGGGAAAAGUGCACCCCAGACGUACGGCGACAGGUCGAGUCUGUCGCUAAAGAGCGCUUACAGACUGCCAAAGACGACGAUGUGCUCAUGCCAGAUGCGCAUAGCACACCCAAUAUCAACGACUUGGCCAUAGUAGACUACACAAUACCCCGAACUCCACGGAGGAAAAAGAGCGUCCCGACCGUUACUUUCAAUGAAACACUCGGCAUCGACAACUCUGUAAUUCCUGCUCGGAGAGACGAGAAAAUGAUGGAGCCAUUCGAUCCCGACCCUUUUCUAAACGUCGACCUGGACAAUGUCAGAUCACGAUCGCGUAGAGGUUCGCUCGCUCCACCAGCACCUGGCUCAACAUCUGAAGCCCCCGCAAGUCCUGGCAAAACUGAAUUCCCAAGGACUCCAUCCCCUAAUGGCUCACCGCUUUCUCCGUCGCCAUCUUUUACAAUAGCAAAACAUGCAUCUACCCCGCCAGAGGUUCCAUUCGAUUUCAAGCGCCCACGACUUGUCACAAAACCAAGCAUAUACACAAGAGGUCGAUUGCCAGAUUCUGUACUUGUUACCAUCUUGGCAAAUCUAGACAUUCAUGAACUGAUGAAACUACGCAUUAUUUCUUCACAUUGGAGCAAACUCAUAUCGGAAUCCCCUGAUAUUCUCCACGAUCUUGAUCUUACAAAGUACAACCGCAAAGUCACCGACCGCUCACUCAUCGAUAUAAUAUGUCCCUUUGCCGGCAGCCGGCCAAGGUCCGUCAACAUCAGCAACUGCUUUCAUGUGACAGACGAGGGUUUUGGAGAACUAGCAAAGACGUGUGGCCCGAGCGUCAGGAUAUGGCGUAUGAAGAGCGUUUGGGACAUUACCGGACCUGCUGUUCUCGAAAUGGUACAGAAAGCCAAGGGUCUGGAGGAGGUAGAUCUGAGCAACUGCAGAAAGGUCGGUGAUAACCUCCUUGCCCGAGUCAUUGGCUGGAUAGUACCUGACAUGCCUCCUCAAAUGGCCAUGGCGCAUGCUCAACAACAGGCUCAGAUGAAUGGGCGCCGACAAGGAAAAGGCGCCAACAGUCAGCCACCGCAACCUCUACCGCCAGGCACCGUUGUCGGCUGUCCAAAACUCAGACGAUUAACAUUGAGUUAUUGCAAGCACAUUACUGACCGAAGCAUGGCCCACAUUGCUGUUCACGCAGCCAACCGCAUCGAAAGCAUCGACCUGACACGUUGCACCACUAUCACAGACGUAGGCUUCCAACACUGGAGCGUCUAUCCCUUCCCUAGGCUCACCAAGCUAUGUCUCGCCGACUGCACCUAUCUGACCGACAAUGCAAUCGUUUAUCUCACCAAUGCAGCCAAGGGGCUAAAGCAACUCGAUCUGUCUUUUUGCUGCGCCCUCUCAGACACAGCAACCGAAGUUCUCGCCCUCGGCCUUCCCUCGCUCACCCACCUCAACCUCGCCUUUUGCGGCUCCGCAGUCUCAGAUACCUCGCUCCGCUGCAUCUCGCUGCACCUCCUCGAGCUACGCAACUUGUCUGUGCGCGGCUGCGUACGCGUCACGGGCACGGGCGUCGAGGCCGUCGUCGAGGGUUGUCGCGACCUCGAGCGCUUUGAUGUCAGUCAGUGUAAGAAUCUGGGGCGUUGGCUCGAUGCCGGUGGUGUGCAGAGCGUACGGAGUCGCGGGCGCAAUGUCAAGUUUGUUUGUGUGAGUGACGGGCGGUGGAGGGAUUCAAUGGGGAAAAGUUAAGAUGCUUCUUCCUCUUUUUUUUCUUUUUUUUUGCUCAUUCCAUGCGUUGGUGUUGGUGUACUUCGAUGUUGUUGGUCGUUUGCUGGUGAUGUUGUAACGAGUUCGUGAGCGAGUUGGCAUCGUUCCUUUGUUUUGGGGGGGAGGGGGGGGAAUCGAAAAAUACCUGGGAAAGUUCUCUAGAUGGUUUUGGAUCGUUUUAUUUUCCCCAUUGUCGAAAUCUCUCUCUAUCUUUUUUUCUUUACAUAUAGAGUUGUACUUGUACUGUUGACUGUACUCUUUUGUACUGUUUCUGUAUGGUAUUAUCUUUCCAUGUUUUUUUUUUCCUUUUUUUCUGUUGGUUUGGCUUGGCU